AUGACAUCGUCCGAACAAGCGACCACCGAGCAAGCCCAAGCUCUUAUUUUAGAUGCUCUGCAGCACAAAGAAAGCAUCGCUUCCACAGAAGCACUCUUUUCCGGCCGUAACAUCGACAACAAUAUUGUUUUCGGAGCGCUAAAGAGCCUUGCGACAUAUGAAAAGAUCAAUUACGAAUCGAUUGAGUCGGAAAAGUGGACCAUUACUGAUGAGGGCUCUCAAAUCUGCACUUCCGGAAGCCACGAGUAUCGUGUUCUCAUGCACGUCAAACAGGCGAUGCCAACUGGAAUUACCUCGUCCGAGCUGGAGUGGAUCCAUCUAGAAAAUGGCCGUUUACUUUCCUCUCCUAAAGCAUCCGAAUGUGAUGAAGAUCGUACGGCAACAUUGCUCUCUAGGCUUCCUUGCGCUUUGGAGGGAUUAACACUGGCUGAGAAGCAGUCUUUUGUUGAUCUCAAGCGAAGAAAGCUUGCCGAAUUGACUAGGGUUACCACAUACUCGGUAAGUAGGGGCCCAAGAUUUACCGAUGAAAUCGAAAAGCCAUUUCUUGAACUUACUGCGCACAUGGUUGCUUCUGGCUCAUGGAAAGACCGCCCCUUCAAGCCCUACAACUUUGACUCGGACGGUCCAAAAAGACCCUGUGGUCAUCUUCAUCCGCUGCUGAAAGUUAGAAGCGAAUUCAGACAAAUUUUCUUUGAAAUGGGGUUUGUGGAAAACUCCUUUUGGAAUUUUGAUGCUUUGUUUGUGCCUCAGCAGCACCCGGCGAGAGAUUCUCAGGACACCUUUUUUACGGAAAGCCCAGCAAAGUCUGCAAACCUUCCCGAGGCAUAUGUUGCUCAAGUUCAAAAAAUCCAUAUGGAGGGUGGAUUUGGAUCUCUCGGAUAUCGGGCACCAUGGUCGGUUGAGGAGACUCAAAAAAACGUCUUAAGAACCCAUACCACGGCAGUUUCUGCCCGAAUGCUCUAUGCUCUCGCAAAAGAGGUGUUCCGAAACGAAUCUGUCGAUGCUACGCAUCUAGCAGAGUUCCACCAGAUCGAAGGGGUGAUAGCGGAUGUAAACUUGACUCUUGGCGAUCUGAUGGGGGUGCUAAAUUCGUUCUUUUCAAAAUUGGGCAUGAAGAACCUGAAAUUCAAGCCAACUUACAAUCCGUACACUGAGCCCAGGUUACAAAAGUGGAUUGAGGUCGGCAACUCUGGCAUCUUUCGUCCCGAGAUGUUGAGGCCAAUGGGCUUUGAUGAGUCAGUGUCCGUGCUCGCCUGGGGGCUGUCCCUCGAAAGGCCGACCAUGAUCAAGUACAAAAUCAAUAACAUUCGAGAUCUUGUUGGCCACAAGGUCGACUUGAACAUGAUCUACAGCAAUCCAAUUUGCCAGCUCGACAAAUAA